AUGGUUUCGUCCCACAUACUUCCAUCUGUCAGAUACGAUCAAGACUCCAAGAGAUCAAGUAACAAAAGUGCCGUCCGGCCACCUCCGCCGCUCAAGUUGGAAGGCGAUCGAGUUCGUGCUCAGAUGUUCAAGGAUCUGAGUCAGAGAACACCCCGGCCCAAAGGCGUCCGGGGCCGCUUGAAAGGGCCCUCCAAGGCAGGACAAAACAAAGAUAAAAGAGUGAAUGAAACUCAAGAAGUGCCAAUCAUGAUGGAAGUGCCACUCGCACAGGCCGCAGGCAGGACCGAUGCGCGACGAUCGAUUCAGAAUACUCCUCCACUAUCCUCAGAGCGAAGAAAGACAAAAGGCAAACUGAGUCAAUAUCAAAGCAGCCAGCCUCAAACUGUACGCUCUCCUGUGCCCAAAUCUCGCUCGCCGUCCCCAGACUCCACUCAGGACAGCCUAGAAAGUCAAUCAGUUUCCCGGCAGGAUUCCCUUCGAACGAUAGUAGUGCUCAAAUCGCCCGACUCAUCUGAUACCGAAGAAUCAGACAUCUCCCCCAUAUCAGAUACUUUCCCCGUCGCGCGAUCAAAGUCAAGUCGAGUCUUGUCACGUUUCUUCCCCGAAUUGUCCAACAACUUUGGAAUCGUCUCUCCAAUGAGUUCAAAUCCGACCAUCAAUAAGCAGGGCCCGCAGCCUCCAGCGUAUUCGUCGAUUCUGGAGUCGGAACUGCACGAGCGGGUCCAGGCCCUGUACAAGAGCUCUAGCGACGCCGAUGACAGCUCUUCCAGCUCUUCCAGUGUAGGAAACUUUUCCUUGGAGCACCAGACAGAGUCCUCGUCGGGCUCGGACGAGCCUGGUGAUGAUGCGUCGUCUUGUUACAGCCGUCGAAGCUCGAUCACGAGUGUCGAGUCCAACUGCUUCUCCGCGACAAAAUCGCUCACCAGGUACUCCAUUUGCUCACCUGCAGCAGCUGGUGUCUUUGACGACUUCGCAUCCACUUAUCUAUCGAGACCCUCGUCGGUCAAGUCUCGUCGCUUGUCAGCGAUUUCGCAGGCUUUCAGCCCCAGCUCCGGCUUGACCGGCUACGAGAAUCCUCGUACGUUCCUCAGACGUGCAUCGACUGGCUCAUCUCUGUCAUUGUACGACGUCAGAAACAAGCCAUUGCCCCUUGAGCCCGUGGAAGAGCCCAGUCCACUGGAGGUACGUCGUCACCAUGGCAAUUCUAUAACGACUGCGCGGCCAUCGUCUCCAUCUAGCACAGCUCACAGGGGCGAGAACCACCAGGAUAUUGCGACAGUGACUCGUGCAUAUCAACAACCGCAAGAGUUAGACACACAGCUGCGGCCGCGGUUCCGCCGUGACCCAACGUUGGACGAAGCGGCCGAAGAAUUGGAGGAUGCAUUGGCCGACCUGGUCCGGAGUCCACCCCUGCAUCAACAGAGUUCACUUGUUCAAGGACCGUUGCAAAUCAGUCGUCACCAUGGCGAUCUCAUUGCAACGCGGCCGGCACCUCUGCCACCGACGACCAAGCCACACUCCCAGACGCGGUCGUACAAGCCGUUCACAAAGUCGAAAAGCCUCCACUUCAAAGCGAUCAAGUCCGUCGACCACGCGAAUCAGACAGGCGCAAGUGUACUACGGCCAUUUCGGUCGGCCAAGGACAAGAGAUCGAGGUGGGCCUCAGACAAAGACGACCGAAAUAAAGACUUGGCUGGCGCUGAAGAUGCCAAGCCUCAACCUCCCCUUCAAAGGAGCUCGGAAACAGUGGAACAAGAUCAUGACGGGAAGUCAUCCCUCCGUGCUGAAGCGACUUCACAUUCGCUAGUGGAGCCUGUCAAAUUGCCCAAAUCCAAAAAGUCGUUCAGCAUGAAGAUGCUAUCCUUUCGACGGGCCAACCAGCCUCCCGUUCAAGUUUCGGCGUCUCAGGAACCCCGUCCGGGCGUCAUGUUGGCUUCGCGGUCAGAGUCCAGCCUGGUCGACCCACACAAACCCACCGAGGGCGACGCUCGGCCGGACGGACCCCCACAGCCCCAGCGACUUUCUUCACGGGCGCAUGCCAAAGCCGACGAAGAAGUGGAUGGGAGCAAAGCCAACGAGAAGAACGACGGGGCCCGGACGAGACUCUCAAGGUGCGAUGAUCUGCGCCUGCAGCUGCCACGCUUGCAGACGGGCGACUUGGCCCUGGAAUUGGAUUUCACACUUCGAAGCAGCGACAAAGAAUCUCUUCCCCAUCAGUCACCAGAUCAACAACAGCUUCGUCCCCAGCCAAAGCAGCCGCCAUCUUCACAACUACCGUUUCCGCCGCCGCCGCUCGAGAGAUCAGAUAAGACUCGGUCGCCGACGAUGACCUCGUUCUGUGCGCCCGGGCCCACUCUGCCAGUGCAUCAUCGUCAUCAUGCCCCCGCGCCAACCGUGAAGCACAAAGUUCAAUUGCCAGCAGUCAAUCUGCGCAUCUUCCCCCCGGAGGAUGAGAAGAUCCUUGUCGCCAGUGAGAUAGUAGCCAGUGAGAAACUGCGCCAUUCGCAAGCAUUCAUCUCGACAGCGCAGGCGAGUAGCGUACAACUCCCGCCAGAGCAAAUCUUCGAACUUGCAGCAACGCCGCCAUCGCCGACCUCUUCCAUCCCCUCUAUAUUCCAACAUCGACCAUGUGCGCCUGUGCACUUUCCCGGCGAAAUGCCCGAGCACCUCGUCACUCUGAUCAUGGAGCGCAUCGAUUCGCUGGACGAUCUGUUCAAUUUUGUGCUCGUGAAUAAGCGAUUUUACCAGAUCUUCAAGCGUCGAGAGCUCUUCUUUCUCAAGACCGCGCUCUUUCGCAUGUCACCGCCCGCCUGGGAGAUGCGCGAAAUGAGUCCGCCUUGGGAUAAUGAGUGGCAGCUCCUCGUGAACCCAGACACACCGGUGGUCGAGUAUACUUCGAAGUCGUAUCUGGACCGAUACGCGAACGACAUCUACACCCUUGCGCAGCUCAAGUCAAUGAUCUUGGUCCGUUGCUCGCCAUUCUUGCGCCGCGAGACAGUCAAGGGACUCUCCGGAGUUGACAUGACUCGGGCUGAAGAGGUCGAUGACGCCUUCUGGCGCAUUUGGACAUUUUGUCGCAUCUUCGGCAAUGGCAAGGGUCGCGAAAAUGACAUCGAGGGACAGAUGGACUGGCUCAAAGGCGGCACCAUGGCUCGCAAUUCGUUCCGACCAACUUCGACCGUCAAUGGUCCUUUUGGUCUGGAUGGUGUUCUUUUUGAGCCACCCGAGGGCUUUGCCCGUGGAAACGGGGCAUUGGGUCUUUCUGCUCAACAGCUGUAUGAUAUGACGGAGAUUUGGACGUGUCUUGGUGUAUUGCUUCAACCAUUGCACGGCCAGUGCGCCGAGGCGAGAAAGGUCGGUGUCUUUGAAGGGCAUGAGAUUACCGCAGGAGAUGUGGCUCAGGAGGAGAUGGCACUGGAGGAAUGGACCUCCUUUGUCAUGACCCUUGGUCUUUCGGCUGUUCUGGCUCUGAGCUCGCUUUGUCCUGCAGAGGCAUCAAGCGCCCUGUUCAGCAGGGCAGAGUCUCGCGGUUUGACCAAGUGGGAACCAACUGCCAAUGGCAUCAGCCGAUCGUCAUUUCUCAAAGAAGCCGUUUCACGCGUAUACGACGAAGAGGAACGCCUGAAACCCUCGAUCAGUCUUCAGGAUAUGAAGCAUCCACACGACGAAUUCUUGCAGCGCCGAAAACAAUUCCAAGAGCAGCUUCGAACUGGCCGUCUACGAGGACACUCGCGCCAUGAAAGCGCCCCUCUGAAAACCUUUUCUGAUGAGCGACCCAUGUCUGAAUUCAGCACUAUCCUUUCAAAAUUGGAAGAACCAGAGCCUCGAAAGGCCCCGUUAGAAUCGAUAGCACCGUCUACUCAUGGAAACUAUGCUUAUACCCAUAACUGCACCGUUCCCAAACCACCUUCCAACCCCAGUCUCCAGAGCCUAAGUCAUCUCCGCUCACGCUCCCUAAACUCUGAGACAACGUUUCGCUCCGUCUUUACACCGCCACCUCCUCACACCCAGGUCCAAGAUCCCGUCGACCGAGCACUUACUCGCAUGGUCAACGAGCUCGGCUUCGAUCCCGAGGAUGCCAAGUGGGCGCUCAAAAUCACCGACACAGGCGAAGGGAUUGAUAUUGCCGCCGCUGAAAAAUUGCUCAAGCAGCAGAAGCGCAAGAACGAUAGGAACCCCUUCGCUCCAAAGGGCAAGGACGGUCUACUCAAGUCAGUGAUGAAGAGGAAAGGAUCUAAUGACUCGGGUUGGCGGUUUGCCUGA